UUUUCUCUUUCUCCUGCAAAACACUACUUUCACCAGACCAGAGUGGACAUUAGACCAUUAUUGUCACCAAACAAAAGGGCUGCGUGUUUGUUAGCUAAGAGUUUUAUUUUGCACUCCUGCCUCAGUUCUACUAGUAGUUUCAAGGUCUAUUUGAAUACAAAUAAUUUGUAAUUUGAAUUUCUAUGACGUUGCAUGCAAAAUUCGCAUGCAUUAUCUUUUCUGCGAAAAGUGGUUGAAUUAUUUUUAAAAAUACGUAGGAUCCAAACACCGCGCAAAAGAAAGUUCUGCAGUAGUUUGUACUUUGUUAGAGUGUGUAAUUGAUUCCUCUAGUUGUUUUGUUCUAAUAUGGCAGUGGUCACAGUGAGCGAGGACGCUGUUGAGAAGGAGAAUGGGAAGAAGGAGGACGAGGAGGAGGAUGAUGCCACAGAAUACUUGAAUCUUGAACCAGAACCCCUGGAGCCAGGGUCCGCCAUGGAUCCCGAUCGUAUUGACUUUGUCCUCGUUUGGAACGGACAGAUCGAGACUGCCAAUUCGGCAAAGUCCAUCGAAAAAAGAAAAGUCUUUGAGACCCACUUGGAAAAGGAAGGUCUUGUUCUGUCCAGAGAGGUCCUCCGUUCCAAAAAGCUGCAUUUUCUCAAAAUCCAUGCUCCUUUGGAGGUUCUUCAACGAUACGCAGAGAUUUUGAGACUACAAAUGCCAAUCAAAGAGAUCCCAGGAACUCUGGAUUUGCAUCAGAAAAGGAGAACGCUUCUCGACAUGCUUCCCAUAAAGGCGCUGUGUACGCUAUCUUAUUUUCAAGUAAACACCGUAUUGUUUCCAAAGUUUGAACAAAGAGUUACAGCGCCUUACAACAAGGAGAAACAUUACCUGUUUGACGUUGAUGAGACGAAUGAAAUUGCAUACUUUAACCCUGCAAUUCGAUCUCGGAUUGUGCAUUUUAUUCUCAAGAGGAAAAGAUACAAAGAGGAUGAUACAGAUACGUUGGCCUUUGGUUAUGAACGACUUAUAGAAAGUGAUGUCUACUGUGCAGGGUAUCCUCUACACGACGGUGAUUACAAUGCUGUCAAUUGCCAACGAGGACUUUUGUACUAUUACUGGGCGAGUUUUCGUAAUUGCUUAAAAUUUCAACCGUUGGACAGCGUUCGAAGUUAUUUUGGGGUGAAAAUAGCCGUGUAUUAUGCUUGGCUUGGGUUCUAUACACAAAUGCUCAUCGUUCCGGCAAUUUUGGGAGUAAUAUCUUUCGUCUACGGGGCAGCGUCUAUUUCCACGGACCGAUACACACAAGAGAUUUGCGAUGCUCACAGUGAGACAAUAAUGUGUCCACUCUGCGACGUAACAUGUACUUAUUGGAACUUGUCAUCGAUAUGCUUUCAUUCGAAAUUCACUCAAACCUUUGAUAAUGACUCUACAGCCAUCUUUGCAUUUUUUAUGUCAAUUUGGACUGUCGUUUUUCUGGAAUUUUGGAAACGUUAUUCUGCCGAGCUAAAUUACCGAUGGGAUCUCAACAACUUUGAUAGCGAUCAAUUGCCACGCCCAGAGUUUGCAGCACGAUUGAAGGAUUCGAAAGCCAAGCGUUUCAACUACAUCACCAACUCGAUCGAACCAGCAGUUCCGUUUUGGCAAAUAAAACUACCCUUUACUUUCAUCAGUCUAACCGGCGUUAUGAUCUUAAUUUUUGUGGCUCUAGCAGCAUCAGUCGGAGUAGUAGUGUAUCGGAUAUCGACCUUAGUGGCCGUCAGUAGCUGGCCAAACGCUUUAAUGCUGGUCAAUUUUACGGCAGCGUUCAUUAAUUUAAUAUUCAUUCUAGGGUUUAGCUGGAUCUAUAGACCUAUUGCCAAAUGGUUGACGGAUUUGGAAAUUCCACGAACAUUUCAAGAAUAUGAAGCCAGUUUUGCAUUCAAGCUUUAUGCACUGCAAUUUAUAAAUCAUUACGCCUCCCUGUUUUACAUUGCAUACUUCAAAGGAAAUUUUGUUGGUUCGCCAAAUAAGUAUACAAAACUGUUUGGUCGAUGGAGGCAGGAAGAGUGUGGUAUAAGUUGUAUGCCUGAACUAUGCAUUCAGUUAUCAGUAAUACUGGUAGGAAAACAAACACUAAACUCUAUAAUGGAGAUGAUAAUACCUUAUUUCCAAAAACUAUACAAUAACCAACAAUUGAAACGGGUCUCUAAAGAAAAUGUUGAAGUCAUUCAACAUCAGAUUGUCAAAGACUACAAGUUGCUUGCCUGGGAUAGCGACCAUUUAACGGAAGAAUAUUUGGAAAUGGUUAUCCAGUACGGCUUUGUGACCAUUUUCGUUGCAGCAUUUCCACUCGCUCCAUUCUUCGCCUUGAUCAAUAAUAUUUUUGAGCUACGAUUCGAUGCUCAGAAAUUGUUGAAACAUCAUCGACGACCCAUUUCUAUCCGAGUCAAAGGAAUUGGGGUGUGGUACCAAAUUAUAGAUACUGUUGCCAAGUUUGCUGUCCUGUCAAAUGCAUUCAUUAUUGCUAUCACGUCCAAUUUUGUCCCAAAAAUUGUUUACCGUUUCUUCAUACUGGAGCGAAAUGAUACGAGGUAUGGGACGCUGGUUGGUUUUCUGAACCACACCUUAAGUAAAUAUGCCAUUGAAGACCUUGAGAAGACGCCUGACCCCACCAGAAGUGACGGACUUUCUCCACCUCCCUCCUCUUGCAAUUUUCCAGCAUACAGAAAUGAUUACAGCAGCCCAGGUAAAUAUGAAUAUACUGAUGAACACUGGAAGGUGUGGUUGGGGAGGGUCAUAUUCGUGAUUGCGUUUGAGAAUAUUGUGGCAACAUGUUUCAUGUUUAUACGAUGGGCGAUCCCUGAUGUUCCAGAGGAGAUAAAGAUUGAAAUUCAGAGGGAGCAAUAUUUAACUAACGAGCUAAUCAUUAAACAAGAACUCCUACGCGCUCGAGGGGUAAUUUCUGAAGCGCAAUGUUUCCACAAAGUCCAUCCCGAAGACCUGGAAAAAGUGGUGAACAAGACAGACUUUGAAAUUGAUAUCUCCACUACCACGUCAUCUUCAAACUCGUUCUUGUCUUUUCUAAAAGGAACAGGAAAGCAUUAGAAACGGAUUCCAAGCAAAAGUUAAAUAAGCACUCCUUCAACUCUAGUGAGCUGAGCCAGCCCAACCGUUCGACAAACGCAGUUUCCAUUAUUUAGCGAAAGGCAGAGUGAGACUCGGAUUCUGGUGGGUAUCCACCACCACGGCUGACUGUCGUUGCCAGUGCCGUAUGGUGGUCCGUCUCACUUCUCACUCUCUUCAAAUUGUUUACCGGGAUUAUGAACCAACUCGUGUUGAGAUGCUUUUCAUCUCUUACACGAGUUGGUUCAGUUGAUAAAUCGUUGAGCUUAAGUUUUAAAUUUGGGGCGAAUUGGACAAACUGAAUUUGCUUAUCUUAAAAACUGAUAAGCGCAGUGAUAAGCCCGAUAGCGUUUAUUUUCGAGUGGAUACUACCAUUAUAUAUUCAGAUAAGCUUAAGUUUUAAAUUUGGGGAGAUUUGGACAAACUAAAUUUGCUUAUCUUAAAAACUGAUAAGCGCAGUGAUAAG